AUGCAACAAGCACAUCAGAAAUUAAUGGUGAGAGGUCCACAAGUAAAUGACUUGCCUGCAUUGCAACCGAAGACAACACAUCAGAACUCGAGUGAAGGCGACGACACUUGGCCAACUCCGCCACCAACUGAAUUUUUCGAAUCAGUUAGACAAACGCAAACACCGCAAAUAGCCAAACAGCAGCACGUGCAAAUAGCUGAGGAACCAGAAAUCAUACCCCCACCAACGGUCGACACUCCAACUACUGGUACACUUAAAAAGGCAAGGUCAUGGCACAGUCUCAUAGACCACAAAAAUGAGGAGAAAAUCAGGGACAGCAAAGCCCCCCAGGCUAUAUCUAUGGAGACUAUAAUGAGCCCGACCCCUACUCAGCGUAAUUUAUCAGUUGGUCGACCUUUUACAAUGCCAUCCUGUCAACAUUUUUAUUCAGGCAUGUGUUCCAAUUUGUCAUAUUGUUCACUCCCUCCCUGUGCCAUGAAGAAUUUCGCAUUUUCCGAAACAAACCAGUCCAAUUUGGGCAACGAGCCUUUGGAUAUGGGAAGGGGGUACUCUAAUGGUGAAUACUUUAAUUAUUAUAAUCCGCGUUGUCGAUGUUGUGUGGCGCGACAAGCUGGAAACCCAGUGUUUCAUCGGUCUAGACAGACCCCCAUGAUACCAGCAUUCAGUAUGGCCUGUUUGGGCGAGAGGCCUUUUCGGGAUGUGUCUCGUUUUUCAAGGACGCAUUCAAUGCGCACCUACAAGUCGUGGACAGCAGAAGGUGAGAAAAAACGACUAAUACGCUUUGGAACAAUAAAUUAUGGUUGCUCCGAGUCCUUUCCCACCUCACCUGUGCGUGGAAUUUCAGCGAAGCAAGUUGGUCCGGUUGGUGACACGAACGAGAGGAAUGCGAGGAACACGCAGCGUCUGAAGUCUGUCUCAUUUGGACGACCAAGUAGAUUUCGCUUCUACUUAAAGGAGUUACCGGAAGUGACCAAGAUUCUCAUGGACACGGAGGACCGCAGAAUUCGUACCAUCUGUGAUCGUUUCCAGUGUGACAUGGAAGUGUACUCAAAGGUGCCUAAGUCUGGUUUCUUGCAGUAUGCCAUCGAUAUAACAGCACCGGACAGCACCAGUCUCUAUGCCUGCUCCAGAAAUUUGGACACGGCAUUAGGAUGGUUCCUAACUGCACAACUAACGGGUUCCCGAAACGUCAAAUAUUAA